CCUACGUAGAUGUAGAUGUCGUCACCAAUGCAUUCCAUUCAUUCAGCCGGGUAAGCGGCUCCAUAUGGUCUCAUGCUUCUUGAGCUCUCGUUUGAACACAAUAAACCUUAAUUAUCUUUCUUAUUUCAAAUUUCAGAUUUCACAUGUACCCACUCUUGACUUUUUGUUAUAUAUCGAAACAGAGAGUCAAACGAGGUAUCCGAACUGAAGGAUGUCUAAACUAGAUAAACUACCUGACAAGCUUGAUAAGGAAAAGCUGAAGAAAGCCUUCGACCUCUCUCAUUUCGACUUCAAUGCAAUCAUACGUGGUGUACAAUUGACACUCGUCGGUGCUCAUCGAGCCUUACAAAAUCCUGCUAUAUUCACGAACGAGCACUAUAAGCAAGCUGCUAUAGCCGUCGGUGCUGGUAUCGCCAUUCGUAUAGCUAUUGCUGUUCCUAUCAUCGGGAUCAAGGUUCUUCUCGCCUUCCUCUCUCUGAUAUUCGAUCUCGACAAAGCCACGUGGGACGAUACUCUGGUAAACGGUCUUGACUUGAUCGCCAACCAUGUCCUUCAAGUUCCUCUUUUUCUCAUGACCCUCAUGAGGUAUAUCACGCCGACAUUAGACAACAUGUUCAUGGACUCGUUACGAUGGGUAGAUACGACAUAUGUUCAGAAGCAUAAGCACGAGAAUCCCGAUACGCUCCGUGACAUGUACUAUCCGAAUCUCAGCAAGCUAAAGCAUAUGGAUGGAAGCACGCAGUCGGGAAGCACCGCCGAAGCAAUCACCAUGUUUAUAUGGAAAUUUACGCGAAAGGCCCUAAUUUCCCUAGCCGUAUUCGCUCUAUCAUACGUCCCAUAUAUUGGUCGGUUCGUGCUCCCGUCAGCCAGUUUCUAUACGUUUCACAAGGCAGUUGGCCUAGGACCGGCAGCAGUUAUCUUCGGCACGGGUAUUUUACUCCCGAGGCGCUACCUCGUCAUUUUUCUGCAGACUUAUUUCGCUUCGCGGAGCCUGAUGCGAGAAUUGCUCGAGCCGUACUUUGCCCGUAUUUACUUCACCAAGGAGCAGAAGCGGAAUUGGUUCAGGAGCCGCGAAGGAUUGCUCUUCGGGUUCGGUAUCGGCUUCUAUACGCUCCUCAGGGUCCCGCUACUGGGCGUGUUGAUAUAUGGCAUUGCCGAAGCGUCGACGGCGUACCUCAUCACCAAGAUCACAGACCCUCCGCCGCCACCGAAUGUGUCCCGUUCGGAAAUGCAGGAAUUUGUGGCGAGCCAACAAGUCUGGAAGAACAAGCACGAGUUCCUGAACCUGCCAUUAGCGAACUUGGACGCUGUACAUGGUGAUAAGCCGCCAUCAUACGAGGAGUCGCAAAAGCAGGAACGCAAGAAAGAACUAUGAUUUUGCAGUCGUAUCGAUUGUCUACCACGAUCCGUUGAUUGUGGGAAGCAGUUAUCGUUUCGUAACUAAAUCGACUGCGAAUUAAAAUUCGUUUAUCAUUGAAAUGUGUCCAAGAUAUUCGUACUAAGCGCUUUAUAGUUACUUGGAUCGGGUGAGCUAGGGGAAUAGCAAGAUAAGAUAUAAAGCCGCGUUCAUAUGCGAAUUACGUUUCCCGGAGAUGUUCCCCGUUAUCCAUUAUUCGACAACAUACGCAAUUUGUUCAGAACUCCCCUUAUCAAACUUAUCAAACGGGUAGAUGGGGUGCAUACACCUGCAGCUCCG